GAAAGAGCACAUAGUGCUGCAGUGCCCACAGACCCCACAUCCUGAUAGAGUUGUCUUUCAAUCAUAACCCAGAGCAGCACAGCUUUUUCACCUCUGCUUUUGGUGGACACUCUCUGAGCAGGGUCCUCAUCAAGACCUCAGCAAGAACAGACGACUGGGACUCCACAUCCACUGACCCACAGCCCACCUCCCAGCAGUGAAAGAACCCUGAUGACCAACAAGGGUUCAGUUCUACUAUGGGAUCCCCCUCAUUCUUCUUCAGGCUCUUCCUCUUCAUCACCUGCCUGGUCCAUCUCCUGUACUUUCUAAGUGUGUAUGGGUGGGGUCUAUACUCUGACAGAAGCCACAUUGUCACAGGGAACCUCACCAUCCUCCUGUGGCAUUGGCCCUUCGGCCCGUCCUACAGCCUGAAGGGAGACGUGUGCUGGGACAGGUACCGUAUCACUGGCUGCCGUCUGGUGGACCAGCGCUCCCUCUACCCCAGCGCUGACCUGGUGGUCUUCCACCACAGAGAGCUGAUGACGGGCCAGGAGCGGCUGCCGUUCCACCUCCCCCGGACGAGGCACCAGAAGUGGGUCUGGCUCUCCCUGGAGUCCCCUGACAACAAUGGAGACCUGAAGCCCUUCAAUAACGUGUUCAACUGUACCAUGUCCUACCGCCGUGAUGCCGAUUUCACCAUACCAUAUGGAAAGCUGGUGCCGAAGGACAGAGAUACUGGUAAUUACAGUAGGACAGAGAACGUCAUUCCUAAAAAUAAGUCCCCUCUGGCCUGCUGGGUGGUUAGUAACUACAACCCCCAGCAAAAGAGGAGCUUGGUUUACAAUAGCCUGAGGGAAAGCAUCAAAGUGGAGGUGUAUGGGCAAUGGGAUGGGAGAGUACUGGCCCCCAGCAACUUGCUGCCCACCAUCUCACGCUGCUACUUCUACCUGGCCUUCGAGAACUCCAUCUCCAAGGAUUACAUCACUGAGAAGCUCUGGCGGAACGCUUACCAGGCAGGGGCGGUGCCUGUGGUUCUGGGUCCGCCUCCAAAUGACUACAUGGCUGUGGCCCCGCCCAACUCCUUCAUCCACAUUGAGAACUUUACAUCCACUAAGGAGCUGGGGAACUAUCUCAGCCAGCUAAUACUAAACAAGGAGAGUUAUGCUGGGUACUUUGCGUGGCGGCGUAGCCAUCAAGUGAAAGUGUACACAGACUGGAGGGAGAGGCUUUGUAGCAUCUGCCCCCAGUAUCACAUCCUGCCUGCUCAGAAGGUGUACCGUGACCUGGAGGCCUGGGCCAGGUGGGGACACCAAGUCCGCUGACAGAUCCUCAAAGUCUUUCUGCAUCCCAAAUGAGCUCCUAUUCCAGUGCAUUGCUUUUGAACAGGUCCCAUAAGUACACCACCCUGUAAAAAUGUACAGCUUCAGAAGCAUCAGUCAUCUAUGAUCAGUGCUUUUCACAUGCAUGGACAUGUUUCAAUGAGUCAGUAAAUCACACAUUGAGUGACAGAACUUUCCUGUGUGUUAUAUUCCCACACUCUGCCAAUAACCAGUGUUCCUAUUUUCCUUCCCCACUCCCAGCAAAAUGACUUGAGAAAUGGCUCUUUGACCAUUUUAAUUGAUAAAUCACAGUAAGGUACUUAAACAGCAGAACUGAACCAAAGCAAUGUGUUACAGUACCAAAGCAUACUCAGUGCAGAAGUUACAGGAAAAGGGAAUAUACCAAUCCAAACAUUAACGACACUUGUAUAAUGCGUGGAUAUGAGAUUGACAAUACUUAUUGCAAGGCGUUCACUGUAAAGCAUAACACCGGCGACGUAAAAACCUUAACUGAGAACCAAAGCACAAAACGUAAAUUGUCAACUUGGAGUAAUUGUAACUACACAGGAGGUUGGAAUGGAAAAUAAAGUAAAGUAUUUAAAUGCGUGGUGGAAAAUAUACAGAUAACAUCUUUAGGUUUCCCCAGAGAAAUAGCCAGUUUCAAUAAAUUAUCAGAUAGGAUUGCGUAAAAACAUGUCACAAGAGAUCGGAGUCAGAAGAGGAAAUGACUUUAAAUACACAUUAAGGCACGAGAUUGUGACAUGGUCAUUUUUAGAAAGAUCAAUGCAACUAUUAUAGGAUUGCGGACACUGGUUGAGGGGCAGUACUCAAUGCCCCACUCGACAGACAUCCUGCCGUUUGUCCCCUUGGUGCAACAUGAACUACGGUUCCAGUUUUAAAAUAAUAAAAUCACUUAAGUUAGUCAGUGUACAACAGAUGAAAAAGACAUUCAUGGGUAACAAAACAUACCAGAAUUCUCAGCAAGACAAGUAAACUGUAUGUGUCAUACUUCCACUAUUAAAGUAUUCCUUCUGAACAAGACAAAGAAUACUUAUAGAAACUCUAGAUAAGACAACUGUCACCUGAAAAUAGCUAGCCACUGGAGGAUAAGACGGGACAACGAUAUUCAAGAUAAAGAAAUAAAAAAUAUCAAAAGGUCAGACUCAACAAAACCACAACUUUGUGCAAAGCCAUCUCAUACUGGAUUCAGAGCCGAUGGGCAAACCCUCCCCAUCCCUUAAAUAGUCAUGAUGCUGGCUGGGGCAUCAAGCGUUGUGCAGAUGACUCGCAGCUGAACUGGGUGGGAGGCAAGGCACAACAGAUGAAAAGUCAACAUGAAGCAGAGACAAGGCAGUGUCAAGAUUCCCUGGCCUUAAAGACACCAGGAAGUUCCAGCUUUGAGCCAUUUAUUUACUGGCCUACAAGCCCCCGCUCACUUGACUUGCUCUCCGUGGUCCAGAGGGACUAGGGUGUGGUAGAACUGCAUAUGGAGGACAACAGCCUGGGUUGGUGGGGACUGAAGGAAUAAAGAGAGGUAGCCAUGUUGGGUGGGGAAGGGAAGAGGUGGCCACAUGGCCCGGGCCAGUUUGGAGAACUGGAACCUGUUUAGCUUGUCAGGUGACCCACCAGUCCAGGGUGCAGGGCCUGCUUAAAGACAUCUGGCCUCUGGAGGGGGGGCAUGUAGAAGGUGGGGCCCCCAGGGUGGCUGGAGAGAGAGUACCCCUGCCCAGGCAGGGGGGAGUGAGCCAUGUGCGGGGGAGGGGGGCUCUGCUCAUAGUACUGUCCUUCACACUCCUCAUCGAAUGGAAGGGCCAGGCGCUUGCCCUUCUGUCUGCGGUUACAGAACCACACACGCACCACCUGCCAAAAACAACAUAAGUCACAUGCUGACCAAAAAGUAUUUCCACACCUCUUAUAUUAGAAAUACAGAACUUAAUAGGGUCAGAAGUUAACAGCACUAAGAUUCAAACCAUGUCAACACAAGCAAGAAAGCAUUUUCCAUAAAUGCAUGUAAGAGGAACUUAAAAGCCAUGCAGGGUUGAGGAAGUAAAAGGAAGUAAGUGAUGGCCAGCUGUAUGGGACUCACAUCUCUCUCCAGACACAGGUCAUCAGCAAUGUGUGUGAUCUCCUGGGUGUUCGGUUUGGGACACUUGACAAAGUAGGACUCCAGAGCAGUGCGCACCGACCCCUCCAGACUGGUCCUCCGCUUCCUCUUCCUGGUGUCCACAAAUACCCGCUCGAUCUUGUACAUCUGGGGACAAACAUGAAAUUACAUUUAGACUGGGACAUGGCAGUGUGCUUUGGUCCAUUCCAGGGGUGGUAAUACUAUGGUGCCCCUCAACCUCCCCUAUUCAGCUUUUGCG